GGGGCCAUGCUGUGGGGGGGACGGGGAAGUCGAGGUUUAGAGAGGGCAGAACCACGCUGGGGGCGGAGAUAGGGGAGACACAUGCUGGGAUGGGGCAGGGCCUUUUUGGGGUCGGUAGCUAUUGCAGGGAUUUGGGAGCCGGGCUAUGGUGGGGGCUGGGCUGAAACUCUGGCUGUGGGAGGGGCGGGACCUGGGGGAUGAGGACCUUGGGGUCAGGGAGAGCACUUUUGCGACCUGGGACCAAGGUUAGGGGCGGAAACGGAUGUGGAGCCAGAUGAUGUUGAGAGACAGAGACAGGACACUUGGGUGGGGUCAAGUUGUAGGGAGAUUCAGCCAAUUGAAUGCUGGGGCCGGGCCAGCAUUGGGGACCUGGAAUUGUAGCCUCAGGUUUCCUUGUUCCCUCUGGGAGCUCCCAGGCUUAACCGAGCUCACUGUGCAGGCCAUCCACGGCUUCCGAGAGACAGAGAAGUCGCGCUGGUCAGAAGCCAGCCGGGCCAUCCUGCAGCGCGUGCAGGCGGCCGCCUUUGGCCCCGGCCAGACCCUGCUCUCCUCCGUGCACGUGCUGGACCUGGAAGCCCGCGGCUACAUCAAGCCCCACGUGGACAGCAUCAAGUUCUGCGGGGCCACCAUCGCCGGCCUGUCUCUCCUGUCUCCCAGCGUUAUGCGGCUGGUGCACACCCAGGAGCCAGGGGAGUGGCUGGAACUCUUGCUGGAGCCGGGCUCCCUCUACAUCCUUAGGGGCUCAGCCCGUUAUGACUUCUCCCAUGAGAUCCUUCGGGAUGAAGAGUCCUUCUUUGGGGAACGCCGGAUUCCCCGGGGCCGGCGCAUCUCCGUGAUCUGCCGCUCCCUCCCUGAGGGCAUGGGGCCAGGGGAGUCUGGACAGCCGCCCCCAGCCUGCUGACCCCCAGCUUUCUACAGACACCAGAUUUGUGAAUAAAGUUGGGGAAUGGACAGCCUAA